UUCCAUUUCCCUCUUCAACCUUCCAGCGGGUGCAAUUUUGUCCAAAGUUCUCUCUACUUUUCCCUUUUCAAUGGCGGGAGCUGAACAAUCUUCACAUACUUAAAUAAACGAUCAAAAACCAAAUUUCCACAUUCAUCUUCAAGAUCUUCAAGAUGCUCUUCAAUGGUUUCAUUCUGCGAAGACUAACUUCUUUAUUACGACCAUGGCUAACACAAGAACCACAAUUACAAAUCAAAAUAGGGUUUUUUCAAUCUUUAAUUGCUGCCAAAAACCUAAUUUUUGACAUUUCAGCUUUAAACAAUCUGAUUGAUGAUGAUGUAGAGUUGAAAUUCUUGUUUAAAAGUGUAAAAAUUGAUGAGGUCAUUGUUCGAGUUUGUCAUUGGUCCUCUCCUGCUUUUAAUGUCGAAAUUAAUGGGGUUAAUGUCACUCUGUUUCUUCAGAAACGACUUGUUAAACGAGUAGAAGAAUCUGUUGAUGAUUACUUGCACAAGAAAAAGAAGAAGAUUCUUGCUGAAAUUGAUCCUCAUGGGAGCACAUUGCAUGACACUAUUGAGAAGAUGAUGAUGACUGCUUCUUCAAAAAGCCAGCUUAAAGAUUCCACAAUGAAUUUGUUAUUGAUGCAUUGCUCUUUUUGUUUGACAGAUGCAAGAAUACGAGUGGAAUAUUCUGUUUCAGAUGACAACUUUUCAUGGUUAUGUUAUUCAAGAGAGCUUAAAGCACACUCUUCACAUAAAGAACUGGGGUGUCUUUUGGGUGGGUUUAUUGGUUUAGUUUUUGUUCCUUUGAGAGAAGCUGAUUUUAAUCUGGAAGCCUCUAAGCUGGAAAUAGGAGUUGAGAAGAAAGAUCAUAGUAGUUGUAUCCUUACUUGUGUAAAUCCUUCUUUUGGUAUUACUUUGAAAGAUCUUAGUCUUCUGAGCUCUUCUAUUAAUGUUUCAGAAAUGGACCUUUCAUUCUCUCCCUCACAAGUUGAAAUGAUGGGUGCAUUUAACAACCUACUUAAUAUAGAAUGUAGACAUUUUAGGAGUGGGAGAUUAUUAUGGGGAAUAGCCAGACGUAAAAUUCGCAAUUCUUUCCUGCCCGUUGGAUGUAUGUUUUAUAGCAUUGUGCUGCUAGCAAUAUAUUGGCUACGCCUCGUCAAAGAAUAUCACUGUUUCCUGAUAUUAGUUGGAUACUCCGAACAUGGACUGAAGAUGCCAAAUGAUGGUAAAUUUCCAAAAUUAGCUGAGCAACAAAGGAAGACAAUUUCUCAAAUAUUGGAGAAAGAACUUCCAGCAGAAGCCAUAGCUAGUGCAAGGCGGGUUGCUCGUCAUAGAGCAGCAUUGAUAGAACCUUAUGCUGAAGAUAUUUCAGUGCCACAUAUUGACAGUGAUCCAACAAACUUCUGGUGGAUAGUCUUGCCACUAGUUUGCAUAUGGAAGGCAACUAUAAAACUUUUUCAUAUUGUUGUGACUGUGUUUCGUCUGCAUAAGAUGUCACUCAAAAUUGGUCAACUUAUAAAGACUACUGAAGUUAUUGAUCCAAGUUGUUGCAUCUAUCUCAGCCUAGGAAAAAUAUCAGCUGCAAUUUCUUCUAUAGAUGCUAGCUUUCCUCUGGUUCGUACAAAUUCAAACUUGAGGAGAAGAACCACGCACACUGAUGCAUUUUCGUUGUUUUUGAUGGUAAAAGGGUUUCUCUAUAUUUCCGAAGAGGGCAUAUCUGAGCAGUAUACUUACUUCUCUAUAGGAUGUCUUGAAGUUACCUCUGCACAUAAUUUUCUUGAUUUUGAAAACAAAGCUAGGCCUGAAACUCUUGGUGGUGCUCUUAGAAGACAUUUGAAAGAAAGGUUAGAUGGUCCAGAAACCAUUGUUUCGGGGGAACCUGCUUUAAUGUGUUUCCGUUCAAGAGAAGGGGAGACUGGUCAUGAAAAAGUUCCCAUUUUAGAUCAAAUGCCUGGUGAGAUUGAACUGAUAUGGAGAAGAAUGCAGCAGAAAUUUCAGGGAGGCAAGGGCAGCUAUGAUGGUAGUCCAUGGGUUCUUUGCAUUAUUCAAAAAUUUCUAGUAUAUCCUAGCCUUAAAAGCCCAGAUGUGGGGUUCUCAAAUUGCAGUUUUAUGGCGGGAAGGCUGAAUAUUGCAUCAGGAUACUCAACAAUAUUAUCUAUUGCCAAACUGAGGGAGUACCUGCAGCAUGCUUUCUGCCGGUAUGGCUCUCAGAGUGUUGUGGUUCCGUUGCAUUCUUCGAAGACCUUUCAAGAAUCACAGGAGAUCAAUUCUUUAAUGGGUAUUCAUUCCUCUUCUUUUCGUGAGUCAGCCGAAGAUCACGAAUGUAGUAGUUUGAAUUUCGCUAUGAAGACAAUGAAAAUGAGUAUUCUGAAGUUGCUUCCUGAAAAAAAUGUUAAAAUGAGAGCCCUCAUUGCUGGUCCUCAUUUCAAGAUAUCGGUGAGAAAUGAGGAGCUUCCAAGUAACAAAUUGGAGCUAAGUGGUAUAUAUGGUGAAAAUGGGAUUAAUCUUUUAAUUGAUGUCAACAGCAUUGAGUUUGCUAUAUGGCCAACUGCAAAGUUUGUGGUUGUACCAUGCAAGGAAGAUCAGAGGCCAGAUAAUUCUGAGUCGGAAUUCUUCAAGUUAGAGGAAUUUCUGGUAGAGGGAUAUACGGAUGCAUUAAAGAAUAAAUAUGCUUCAAAAAGACAAGUUAGACACUUCUAUUAUAUACAAUUAUGUGGCUUGAAAUUAUACUUUGAGGAUUUGGUGGAUAAUCAUUUGAUGCAAAUGCUAUUAUUGAAGCCGAUGACUGUUAACCUCUCAUCAUCAAGGGAUUGUAUGUACUCAUUUGCGAGAUCUGAUAUUGCAUAUGCAUUAUCUGUACGAGGUUCCAUAUCGGGAGUUAACGGCUCUUUUUAUGUGGACGAGUUAUUCGUGAUUUUACAGAUUGUUAAAGGUCUAUUUUUUCCUUCAUUGACUCCUGCUUCUGGCUUACGGGAAGUCCCGAGUCAUCUGGUAAUACCUGAAAACCAGUUUCUGCAGACGGGAUCUACAAAUGAGGAAAUGUUUAUUGGAGUGAACAAGGAGGAUAUUUUAAACUUUGAGAGUGUUAUAAGCUUUGUUCGAGCCAGUUUUGAACUUGCGUCAUUUGAUAUUAUCCUUCAUAAAUCCCGAAAUGGAAUUGACGCUAGAGUGUUUUCAAUACUCUUUGAUGCUUAUAAUAUUCAAAACCUGAGCUUGGCUGAACUGCCUGAUAGUGGAAUUUGGCUUUCAAUUCAGAAGGCAUGUGUGGAUGUUUCUAUUGGUGAAGCUAAAGCUGAGGCAAAUGUAAAUUUCCAUGAAUUUCGAGCUGUUAUAUUUAGAAACAAAAUUAAGAUUAGAACUGCAGAUACAUUUGAAGAGGAGAAUGCAGUUAUACAUUCGAUUGAUUGCAUUUGUGAAGCCUCCCUUUCUUGUUGUACAUUUGGUUUGUUGUUGGAUUGCCUGAAUGAUAUAAGAGUGCAGAUUGGCGCUGAUAGUGAAAUAUCUAACAUCAAUCCCGAGAGCACACUCAGUUUUCGUUCCUUGAUGAUUGAUAAUCUAAAUUCAAAUCAAAUUGAAGAUGAAGGUUCAAAUUCUAAUAUACCAGCUGUAGCAUCGAGAUAUAUGCUGCUAAUAAACCUCACUGGUUAUGAAAUUUUCAUAGGGACAUGCUCAAUAAAGAAUGAAGUCUCUUGGGCUCGCCCGGCAGAAAAGCUCAACUUAUCAUUGUCUGUUGGAGAAGAUUUUCAGAGUAUUACUUUCCAGAUCCAGGGUGGUCGUAUUCUCAUCGAAACCAACAUACUUCCCGAGUUUGCACAUUGUCUGACUACAUAUUUUCAAUUUUUUGGGAGUCUUCUUAUUAUGCAUCUCCCUCAUCAAAAUGCCAUGGAUACCGCUGAAGGGGGUUUGAACGUGUUGGGAGAAGAGCUCAUAGAAGAAUUUUCUCAAACAAAAAAUCCUCAGGCUUCUUCUAAUAAACUGGAACUCUUGGAAGCUGUUAAUAUUAAUGUGUCACAAGUAUCACUUUUACUCCUUGUGAUUGAUGCCUCUCGAGUGAUCAAGGGAAUUGUAGGAAGGGUUGACUUGAACUUAAGCUUAUGGUUGGAGGACAGAAAAAAGAAGUUCUUUUUUAACCUUUCCCAUCUGGAUAUCUUUUCUCAGAUCUUAAAAGAAGGUGUAGAGAAGUCGGAAGUAAAAAUUCAAAUGCCACAUUUUUCUUCAGUAGGAUCGAGCCAUGAUUCAUUGCAGUUGAAUCAUAAAGAUUCUUGUAGGCCGUUUUUGUAUCGAGAGGAGACAUCUGUGUUGUCUAAAGAUACACAUUCUUCGAGUUCGCUUGCUUCUUCUAUAGACCCUGUUGCUAAUAUCUCUGAAUCAGCAGUUGCCCAAUCGUGUGAACGAGAGGAAAGUUAUAUCUUGGAGCGAUUUUCUAUUUCUGUAUCUGCUGAGAAAGUUAUCUCAGGAGAUAACAGUGUCCCAUGCUGUCCAACUCAGGGAUGGUUUGGGAAUGGUUCUGUUUCAGGUUUAAAUCUGACAAUUUCUCUAUCUGAGAUACAGAUGCUUCUUGCUACCACUGAAUCCUUUUCUGAGGUUUCUAAGAAUGUUGCUGCUAAUGAUGGGGAAGAAAGGGGUAACACGUCUAUAUACCAGAAAUCUGAAAAUGAUUUUGAGACAGCACUACCUGAUGGUGCUAUUGUUGCUAUCCAAGAUGUCCAUCAACACAUGUAUGUGACUGUUGAAAGUGUGGAAAACAAAUAUAAAAUAGGUGGUAUAUUUCAUUAUUCACUUGCCGGAAAAAGGGCUCUUUUCAGGGUUAAAUGGAGGAAGAGAGGAUUGUGGAAAUUUUCAUCGCCUUGGUUCUCCUUGAUGUCACUUUACGCUAAGACUGAUUCAGGGGUACCAUUACGUCUGAAUUAUUUGGCAUCAUCUGGUUUUGUUGAGAUCUCCAGCAAUGAUGAUGCUGCAUGUGCACUUUGGAAAAUUGCUCCCUGUAAGCAUGAGGAUUAUGAGGAUAAUGUUGAUCUAAACCCAUUGAAUUACCUGUGCAAAAGCACUUUUUAUCUUGUCAAUAAGAAGAAUAAUUGUGGUGCUGCUUUUGUUGAUGGUGCUUUGGAAUUUGUAAAAAAGCCUGGAAAUCCUUUCAAGUUCAAAAUUUUCCAUGAUCUUACUGUGGGAUCUGAUCUACAGUGGUCUGAUGUGCAUCAACCUGAAACUCACAAUCGUGUGCUCUUGGAUGAUCACGAAAUAUCUGAAGAAGCUGGAAUGGUCCCUUGCAUAAAUUUGACAAUUGAAAAGGUUUCCUUGAUCGUUGUGCAUGAACUAUCUGGUCCAAAACAUAGAUUGCCUCUGCUUCAAGGAUCUGUGGAUGGUACCAAACUCUUUAUCCAGAUUCUCCCCCAGAAAACCAGGGUGAUGAGCAUAUCAACUGCUAUGCUGUACUACUUUGAUGUGCAUAGAUCCCUUUGGAGAGAAUUUGUUCAGCCGAUUGAAAUGUGUGCUUACUGGCGAUCAACAUCCUAUUCGUUGGCUUCAGAAAAUCGUGGGACGGACAGUCACCUUUAUUUCGGAAUGCAGGAGCUGGAUUUAUCAUUGACAGAACGUUUGUUGGACAUACUACUGUAUGUAAUUGGAAAACUGGAUUUGGCUGGCCCAUUUUCUGUCAAUAAUUCUUCUGUAGUGGCCAACUGUUGCAAGGUAGAAAAUCAAUUCGACCUGGACCUUCUUUGCCGUUUCAAUGAUAACCAAUCUGCAAAAGUGGGCAGAAGGCGUUCAGCUGUCUUUUUGAGGCACCUAGAGGAGCCUCCAGGAGCAUCUUAUGCAACAAUUGUACUUGAAAAUCCUGGAAUAUCUUCAACUUCUUCAGUUCAUGUACCACUUUCCAGAUCACAGAUCUUUGCUUGGAGAACACGCAUUGUAUCACUAGAAGAUUCACGAACCUGUCCUGGGCCGUUUAUUGUUGUCGACAUUUCAAAGAACGCUGAGGAAGGUUUAUUGCUUAAUGUCUCCCCAUUACUUAGAGUCCAUAACAAUACUGGAUAUCUAGUGGAGUUGCGUAUUCAGAGACCUGAAUCAAUGGAAGAUGAAUCUGCAUCAGUGGUGCUAAGAGAGGGGGACACUGUUGAUGACUGCAUGGCAGCAUUUGAUGCGAUAAGUUUGUCUGGUGGGACAAAGAAGGCACUUCUAUCAUUUGGUGUUGGUAACUUUGUUUUCUCAUUUCGACCUAACGUAAAGGAUCAAAAUGAUGCUUCCAAAAAUUGCUCAGUAGAAUGGUCUGAAAACCUUAGAGGGGGCAAGGCUGUGCGUCUAUCAGGUGUCAUUGAUAAAUUAAAUUACCAAGUUCGCAAAGCUCUCUCAUCUGAGUCUUGGAAGUAUUCCUUUAGCACCGCUGCUUGUUCAGUGAGAUCGGGAGAUUCUGCUGUGAAUCAAAUGCAUUUCUUGGUCCAGAGCGUUUCAAGAGAUGUACCUAUCGUGCAGCCUGAUGAUCAUCGUAAAAGUAAGAAUUCAUCAAUUGCAUUGCAGGAGCAGAAGGAAAUUUUUCUUCUUCCAACCGUGCGAGUAUCUAAUUUACUGGAGUCGGAUAUUGAUGUACUAUUAACUGAAACAGAAAUCUCUACAAUUGAUGGUUUAAAGAAUAUCAACCACACCACUGUUCAAUGUGGGUCAUCUGUUGAUUUAUAUGUUAAUCCUGCUGUAAUUUUCUUCAACGUUACAUUAGUGAUGUUUAGUUCUAGAAGUAAGUCUGUGAACUGCAGUCAAUGGCUCAAAAAGUUGAGUAAGAAGAAGGAUGGAAUUCAGUUUUUGGAUAUUGAUUUGGAAUUUUGUGGUGGGAAGUACUUUGCUUGCUUGAGAUUAGCUCGUGGUGACAGGGGCAUGCUAGAGGCCAUUGUUUUUACUCAAUACACAUUGAGAAAUGACACUGAUUUCCAUCUGUUCUGUGUCGCGACACAUCUGAAACCUCUAUCUAGAAAUGAAGCUGGAAGUCAUAGCAUCAAUUCUCCUCCACAUAGUGGGACGCUUUUGUCUCCAAACUCAACCAGAUCUUGGUUCAUGAAAUCUAGUAAGCUGUGUAUAACAUUGUUGGAUGAAGAAUCACCCAAGUCUAUUUUGGAUUUGGAUGCCUUAUCAGGUCUUGCAGAGAUGCAAUUUAUUAAACUUCAAGAACCUGGAAUCAAGUAUUUAAUGAAGUUUGGAAUCUCUUUGAGGCCAUUAGCGAGUAAAAUAGAUGUGCCAGCACAAAUGGUCUCUAUUGUCCCUCGGUUUGUUAUAUACAAUGAAUCAAAUGAACAUAUUUUUGUCCGACAACGUUUCUUAGAGGAUGACUCCGGAGAGACAAAUAGAAUCAGCAGUAAACAAAAAAUCGCAAUGUUUUUCAGGGUUGGAUCCCAUGAUAAGCGAGAUAUCAAUGUGCUGAAUAAACUUCUGCAAAAGCACAAGGUAUUGGAUGAUGAUGCAUCAUUUUUGGUGCAAUUUAGUCCAAAUGAAACUGUGUGGGGAUGGUCUGGUCCAGUUUGCGUGGCUGCACUUGGAUGUUUUUUCUUAAAAUUCAAGAGAAAUGUUAUAUCUCCUGUGCGUGAGUUGGAUCUUGCAACAAGAGAAGAUGAAAUUGCUUGGGAAUAUGCAGCUGUUCAUGUGGUUGAGGAAGGUUCUACCUUUGUCUUGCAUUUCCAUAGACCGCCGGACACCGCUUUGCCUUAUCGAAUUGAAAAUCAUCUUCUUGAUGCUUCGAUUACCUAUUAUCAAAAGGAUACAUUUCAACCAGAAACUCUCGCAUCCGGAGCCAGUGUAAAUUAUGUUUGGGAUGACGUGACUCGACCACACAAACUCAUGGUCAAAAUUAAUGGUGUUCAUGUGCUACGUGAAAUCAACUUAGAUAAACUGCGUCCAUGGAAAUCCUUUUUUCGGGUUUGGAAACAGAGAGAUCUGGCAUCUCAAUUACCACUAGAUACCAGAGUUUCUGUCAGAAGGGGAGAAAAUGCUGUUCGAACAAAUGAUAGUUAUGUAGGGAAUGUAGGGUACGAAGUAUAUGUUGACGGUCCUACUCGUGUUUUGCGAAUUUGUCACUCACUUGGCAGACGCAAAGCAGAUAGCAAGUAUCAGUCAUGCAACAAGGUUCAGCUGAGAAUCUCGUUUUUUGCCAUUCGCUUACUUGAACCUUGUAAGCAGGAUCUGAUGGAGGAUGCUGAUCCCUAUGAUAUGUCAGCUUAUACACCAUUUCUUAUUGGGAGAGUAGAAAACAUUACUAUUGAUUCCAUCAUCGUUGAUCAACGGAAAUAUAAUCAAAUUAGGGUACAGUCAAUUAAUGUAGAUGAAAAAUGGGUUGGAGCUCCCUUUGCUGCUAUGCUCAGGAGACAUCUGACAUCCAACAAUGUCUCAGAUGACUCUGUUGUCUUUGUUGUCUUUGUCUUAUUUCCUAGUACCACAAAUGUCCGGGAUGUCAGAUACUCAUCUAUCAUUUUGCAGCCGAUUGAUCUGAACCUUGACGAGGAGACGUUGAUGAAAAUUGUUCCUUUUUGGAGAACAUCUCUCAGUUCAAAUACCCAAAGUCGACAAUACUACUUCGAUCAUUUCGAGAUCCACCCUGUUAAAAUCACAGCUAACUUUCUCCCAGAGAAUUCAUACUCAAGUUAUAGCUCUGGACAAGAGGCACUGAGGUCUCUGUUGCAUAGUGUCUUCAAGAUUCCUGCCAUUAAGAAUCUAGAGGUAGAACUCAACGGUGUAUUGGUCACUCAUGCUUUAGUAACAACUCGUGAACUGCUUUUGAGAUGUGCUAGGCACUAUUCUUGGUACGGCAUGCGGGCUAUCUAUAUUGCAAAGGGAAGUUCUUUGCUCCCACCAGCUUUUGCAUCUGUCUUUGAUGAUUUGUCAUCCUCCUCUUUGGAUGUUUUCUUUGAUCCUUCAAGCAGCGUUCGAGGUCUUACCCUUGGUACAUUUAAGUUAAUCAGAAAGUGUAUCGAAGACAAAGGCUUUUCUGGAACGAAACGAUAUUUUGGUGAUCUGAACAAAACUUUAAAAAAUGCUGGAUCCAAUAUACUUUUCGCUGCAGUGACUGAAGUUUCAGAUUCUGUACUCAAGGGUGCAGAAAGUAGUGGUUUCAGUGGCAUGAUGACAGGAUUUCAUCAUGGAAUACUAAGGUUGGCGAUGGAGCCAUCAUUACUGGGUACAGCAUUCCUGGAAGGAGGCCCUGAUAGAAGAAUUAGGCUUGAUCGCAGUCCUGGAAUUGAUGAGUUAUAUGUUGAAGGAUAUCUGCAAGCUAUGCUGGAUACGAUAUAUAAGCAAGAAUAUUUGAGGGUUAGAGUCAUAGAUGAUCAGGUUAUUCUUAAAAAUCUACCUCCAAAUAGCUCACUUAUUGAUGAGAUCAUGGAUAGGGUGAUAGACUUUCUUGUUAGCAAAGCUUUGUUGAAAGGAGACCUUUCAACCAGUUCUCGCCCUCUUAGACACCUUCGAAGAGAGAACGAAUGGAGGAUUGGGCCAACAGUUCUAACACUGUGUGAGCAUCUUUUUGUGAGUUUUGCGAUCCGCACACUGAGAAAGCAAACUGAUAGCACUGUGGGAAAACUCAAGUUGAAAGAAAAGUGGGUUCGUAAGAGUGGAGAUGAUGGAUCGAGCAGUAGCUCUGAUGGUGCCAUCUCCAAAAACAGUAAAGGGAGGUUUAUAUGGUCAUGGGGAUUUGGCAAGUUUUUCUUGUCAGCAGUGGUGGCUUAUGUUGAUGGAAGAUUGUGUCGUUGUAUACCAAAUCCUGUCGUUAGAAGGAUUGUCAGUGGUUUUUUACUCAGUUUCCUCGACAACAAUAACCCUAAAUGAUUUGUAUAACUCACAUUUGGGGUUUGUUUGAUUCUUUUUGUUCCAUUUUUGCUCCAGGGAUAUUUUUUGUUGUAUAAAUAUCUCUGUUUAGUUUCCCUUGAGUAGUUUGUAAAUGAGUAAAACACUUUUAGCCCUCUUGAUAUAUACUUAUCCUCACGAUUGUGGUAAUGAUCACAAUGUCACAGAUGCAGCACUUCCUAUUGUUACGAGUCAUUUUGCGGAUAUUGCAAGGUGAAUUGUUAACUUUAAAAUACCUUUUUAUCAUGGUAAUUCAAGUUUUCUAUUAAUGCACUUUAAAAAGAAUAAUAAUGGCUAAUGUGUUAAAUUUUUAGGAAAUGGCCAAGAUUGUGUUUGGUUGUCAAAAAAGCUGAUGGGGUAUCGUGUGCAUGUGUUAGAAGUAGAAAUACAAACUCAAACCGACAGACAAAAUAAAAAAGUGUUUUGUGCUAAAUGUAUAAAUAGAUAGAACACAAAUAAAGAAACGGAAAACGGAUGUUAAGACUUUUUAUUAUGGUUAUGAUAUGAUUAUAUUGGGAGAUACUCUAUCUGGUAGUAAUGAAUUUUUUGCCAAAAGGCUAGUGGAAGCAAAUCUUUAAAAAAAUUCAAAAAAAAGCAGUGUACUGUUGGAAUUUAAGCUACCGUAACAUUAAUGCUGAAAAACGAUACGUUAAGUUGUGAAAUUUCGCUUUUACCCGUCUUCUUU